AUGGCAAGAACUAAACAAACAGCCAGAAAAUCUACCGGUGGUAAAGCACCAAGAAAGCAGUUGGCAUCCAAGGCUGCCAGAAAAUCCGCCCCUUCUACAGGUGGUGUCAAGAAGCCUCAUAGAUAUAAGCCAGGUACUGUUGCUUUGAGAGAGAUCAGAAGAUUCCAGAAAUCUACCGAAUUGUUGAUCAGAAAGUUGCCUUUCCAAAGAUUGGUCAGAGAGAUUGCUCAGGAUUUCAAGACCGACUUGAGAUUCCAGUCUUCUGCCAUUGGUGCUUUGCAGGAGUCUGUCGAGGCUUACUUGGUUUCGCUAUUUGAAGACACCAACUUGUGUGCUAUUCAUGCCAAGAGAGUUACUAUCCAGAAGAAGGAUAUUCAGUUGGCAAGAAGAUUGAGAGAAUUAUACACGGUGCUUCAACUCUUCUACUGUGCCAGAUAUAGAGAGUUGGCAAAGGCAAAUCUCGUCCACGAAUUGGAUUUCAGUGAUGACACGUAUCAAUUCGAAGCCACUAACUACCAGAUCAGAUCGCACAUUUUGCUUGGUCAAUUUAAACAGGCCCUUACAGCUAUUGAGACAAAUAAACAGCUAUUGGUCUCGUUCACUGAGAAUGCAGAGGCAGAAUUCUUGAAGUCUGAAUUGGAAAGUUUGAUUCAUUAUGCAGACUUCCUUCAAAACAGUAACGAUGCCGUUGCCGAGAAGUACUUUCUCAGUAAGACCCUUACCGGUGGUCUCACAUCCUUAUUGGCUGCCUGCUACUAUGCCAAAUUGGGGGAUUAUGAAACUGCUUUGGAGAAACUUCAACCUAAAGAAGACUUGGAAAACGUUGCUUUCGGCUGCUACUUACUUCUUCUACUUGCGAAAACCUCCGAAGCUGAGAAAUAUUUAGACAAAAGCAUCAACAACUCUGCUGCUACUGAUACUAUUGGUUAUAAUCAAACCAGCUCUUGGUUACAGUUGAGCCAAUACGGUGACGACUUGAAGAAGGCUUACUAUCACUACGAUGAAUUGGCCAGCUCCGACAAUACCGAGUCUCUCAAAUGUUUAGUGUGUCUAUUGACUGCCCAGAUGAAGCUUCUUCAUUUCCCUGAGGCCCAAGAGGUGUUGGAUGAGAUUGUAUCUUUCAAGAAGAAGAAUGCUGAGGACUUGACCAAUUGGGAGUCCGAUCUUCUUAUCAAUCAGAUCGCUUUGAAGUGCAUACAGAGUAAGAAUGAUGAGGCUAACAAGUUGCUCACUAACUUGAAGACUCAGUAUUCAGAUUCACCUUACUUGAAGGACUUGGACGAGAAGCAGGCAGCAUUCGAUGGCAUCGUGGCAAAGUACUCUGCUUAA